UGACAGCGGGCAGGCAGCUGCUGAGAUACCGAGACAUGGCGGAGCGUACACUUUGAGUAGGGAACGCCGGAAGAGUUGUGCUACUUUUGAGUCCGCACAACGCAAAAUAAAUGGCCAAGAAGAAACUAUAAACGCGGAUGAACAUGCUCUCCUCGGAAGUGGAGGUACAAUAUUGACGAAGUUGCCUCGCGUGAGUGAUACGGAGAAAUGAAUCGCUAUUUAGUGCAGUCAACAGCCUCAGGCAACAAACAUGGCUUCUGUGUCUUUCUGCUGUUUGUAAUGAAAAAGCGCUUCAUUGAGCCAUUACAUCUCAUGGCAACGGUGCUCAAAUCCUACAAGUGAGCCGAUAGAAAGAAGUUCCUGCGUCUUCAUCGGGGUUGUGUUGGGGAAACAGGUGUAAAGCGAUAGCGCAGAGCUAGCUAGUUAGCUAGAGAACUGUAGGAGCUGCGAUGGAGCCCAAGCACAAAGAGUUACUACACCAGUGCCACCAGAACUUUCUGGAGUCUAUCACGGAUGCGGACCGGCUCAUAGAGCUCCUGAGUAAAUCGGGAACCCUGAGCGAACAGGAGACCUUCGAGCUGGACCAGAACUGCUCCACUAGCGCGGAGAAAGUGGACCAGCUCCUGAAGAUGCUCAUGAAAAAGCAGAGCGACCAUUUCCUGGAGCUGUGUGUGGCUUUGGAGAAGACCUACCCUCACCUGUACUCUGCCCUUUUCCCCAACGGCGGAGGACCAGCAGAUCAGUCUGGGUCUACCUACAGCGUUCUCUCCACGAUGCCAUCAGACUCUGAGAGCAGCAGUUCCCUCAGCAGUGUCGGUACCAAAGCCUCAUCACCUCCACCUGUGCUCAGUGACACCCAGCCGGCCAGCGAGAACCUGGAAACCAUCCUGUUCCAGCUGAGACAAGUCACCAGGGAACGGGACGAGCUCCGCAAGCGCUUGGCGCUCGCCUCACCUGGCACAACUUUUGAUGACUCCAGGCCAAAUUCCAAACCUUGUCAUGACUACGAGCGUCUGAAAACGCAAUGCAUUAAGGCCAUGGCCGACUUGCAGUCCCUGCAGAACCAGCACACCAAGACUCUGAAGAGAUGCGAGGAGGCCGUGAAAGAAGCCGACUACUACCACAUGCAGCACAGCCGUCUUCUGAGCGAUCAGUCUCCACUAAAGGAGGAAAUGGAGGUUCUGAAGAGAGAUAACGCCAAGCUGAUUCGGGAACACAACCAUCUGAAGCAGACAUGUGAAGAGCUCAGGAGGCUUCACUCUGAAGAUCAAAGAGAGGUGGCUGACAUGAGAUUACAGCAACAACAGGUAAUCAGGGAGAAUGGCUCAUCCGAGGUUUUGAACAAGCUCUACGACACAGCGAUGGACAAGCUGGAGGGGGUGAAGAAGGAAUAUGAUGCUUUGAAUAAACGGUACAGUGAGAAGGUGGCCAGCCAUAACACAGAUCUGAGUCGACUGGAGCAGGUGGAGGAGGAGAACAGACGCUUGCAGAAGCAAAUCGACGCUCUGCUGAAACAGCGUGACAUGGCCAUCCAGUACCAACAGCAAUGGACCACAUCUAUGAGACGGUUUGACUCAGUACAGCAGGAGCUGAAUAAGGCCUCGGCCCAGAACAAGGAGCUGCAGAGAGAGAUGGAGAGACUCCAGUCAGAGGUGACACGCUACAAGAACUUCCAGCUGAAGGCAGUGAAGGAUGCAGAGAAGUACAAGGAGGAGCGAGAUUCAGUGUUUAAUGAGUACAAGUUGAUCAUGAGCGAGAGGGAUCAGGUCAUUAAAGAGGUGGACAAGCUGCAGACGGAGCUAGAAGCUGCGGAGACCCGACUCAAAAACACCUCCUCAGACAGGGUGGUGGCCAGUGAAGAGCUGGAAGCACUUAGACAGGAGCUAAAUUCCUCGCUGGUGGAUCGAGACCGUGCCAUCUGUGAGAGAAACGAGCUGCUGGAAAAAUACUGCCAUGAAGUGAAGGACAAAGCGGAGGCCCAGAAAGAGCUGAGUCAGGCCUGUAAAGACAUCGAGACCGUGCGGGAGGAGAGAGAUGUUGCCAGGAAAGAGAGAACUGAAGCCAUUAUCCAGAGAGACCAGUUACUGCGGGAAUACUAUCAGGCCAGACAGAAACAAGACUCGGCUACACUGGACAUGGAGCGUGCCAAUAAGGAGAUCGAUGUGUUGAGGAAGCAGUGUGAGGCUAUGUCUCAGGAGCUGAAGGAGGCUGUGCAGGAGGCCGAGGUGGCCAAGUGUCGCAGAGACUGGGCCUUUCAGGAGAGGGACAAGAUUGUGGCUGAGAGAGAGAGCAUACGGACUUUGUGUGACAACCUGCGCAGAGAGAGAGACCGGGCUGUCAGCGAUCUGGCUGAUGCCCUGCGUAACCUUGAUGACAUGAGGAAACAGAGGAAUGAUGCAACCAGGGAACUUAAGGAGCUCAAGGAGAAGAUGGAGAGCCAGUUGGAGGAGGAGGCACGGUUCUGCCCGCUGAUGGUUCACAGCUCUCAUGAUUCUGCUAUAGACACAGACUCAUUAGAGUGGGAGACGGAGGUGGUGGAGUUUGAGAAGGAUCGGGACGACAUGGAUUUGAAGGCACUGGGGUUUGACAUAGCAGAGGGGGUAAAUGAUCCAUAUUUACCAGGGGAUUGUGGGAUAUUUGUGACCAGGGUGGACAAAGGAAGUAUCGCCGAUGGAAGAUUGAGGGUUAAUGAUUGGCUGCUGAAAAUAAAUGACGUAGACCUGACUAACAAAGACAGGAAGCAGGUCAUCAAAGCCGUACUUAAUGAAGGAGGGUUGAUCAAUAUGGUGGUUCGCAGGAGGAAAUCUUUAGGAGGAAGACUGGUUACUUCUGUCCACAUUAAUCUCAUCGGACACAAAGACACUGGUAUCACUCUUGAGGGUGGUGUGUUUGUGGCCGCUAUCACGCCGGGCAGCCCUGCUACCAGAGAGGGAUCCCUUACCAUCGGAGACCGCCUUAUUGCAAUAAAUGGGAUCGCACUGGAUAACAAAUCUCUGAGUGAAUGUGAGGCUCUGCUGAGGGGCGGCCGGGACUCGCUCAGUCUCUCCCUCAUGAAGUUCUUUCCUCAGAGCACAUCGGGGCAGAACAUCUUUGAGAGCUUGCGGGAGGCCGAAAAAUCCAAUGGCAGAAUCUACCUGUCAGAGGUCCAUUCUCGUAACAGCAGGAACCUCAAACACAACAGCUCUACUCAGACGGACAUUUACAGCGGGGAGACUGGCGGAGGAGGGGGCGAGAGAAGAAAAACCAGGUCAGACACAGAGGAGAGCAGUUAUUCUGAGAGGAAGAUCUUCCCAGUUUCCAACUUGCACCCGAACACCCUCCGACCCGCAUCAGAGCUGGGGGCCCGCUACAGCGGCAGUGCCUUUCAAGAGAUCUGCUACACCCGUUCAGAGUCGAUCGGCCCUGAAUGUGUUACCCUGGAGACCACCCUAGAAAGGAAACACAGUGGCAGCACUUGGCCCAAAAUAGUGGUGGGUGUCGCCAUGACGAAUGACAGCCCGGCACAACUGUCCAUCUACAGGUCGCCCAAGCAGAGGAAGUCCAUCUUUGAUGCCGAUGCCUUCAAAUGGCCUGAUACGCCCUCAAAUUCGGACUACCUUGCCGGAUCACAGCUAGCAGGCCAUUCUCCACAGCCUUCCAAAGUAGACUCCACACCCCCAACCCCGCCCACCCGCAGCGACUCUUUCAAGUUCACGCACAAACAUCAGGGAAGCUCCGCCUCUGUGUCCACCAUCACUGCGAUUUCUUUCCCCGAUCCCAAGCAGGAAGACCGCAAUGGUAACUUGUACUUCACCGAGGCAGGCCGCGAGGGCCAAGUCCUGAGCUCCAGGAAGUCCUGCGAAGAGGAUAUCGGCCGGAUGCGGCCGGAGGAACCUGAGGUGAAGCGUCCGAGGCCCAAAUCGGCCCCAGCACUCCGGCGCAGGAUGACUCCUCAGACCAUCCCUCUCCAGAGUUUCCAGAGUUAUUCAAAUGAUGGUGACUGUGUGGAGCAAAGGGAGAUGCUGCGAUCCUCUCCUAACCGACCUCACAGACACAGUGUGGGUUUCGUGCCUUCAGCGUAUAAUGGAACCUUGCCUCCCAACUCAGCACAUCGAGGACUGGCCCCCUGCUCUGCCGUAACAGCCGUUAUGAAGAACCCUGUUUACAUGGUGCGGAGUCACAGAGUUCACACUAACAACUGCCCUACCAUCGUCAACCAAAUCAAUCAACAGCAAACACACCCCAGUCCUCAGCAUCAAGGACGUCUCAGUCUAGACUCGAGUCAGAAACGCUCCACAGAAUACUCUGAGUCAUCCCGCAGCAGCCAGGCCUCAAACGGCACAAACUCACUGCCGUCCAGUGCUAGACUUGGUUCUUCUAAUAACUUGCAGUUUCGCAAGGAUGAAAGGAUAAAGAUCCCCUCCACGCCACGUUAUCCUCGCUCAGUACUGGGCUCAGACAGAGGGUCUCUGUCUCAUUCAGAAUGCAGCAGUCCCUGUCUCAUCACUCCACCUCUGUCUCCUCUCAAUCUGGAGACAUCCUCAUUCACCUCCAGCCAAUCCCAAGGCUCCAUCUCCACUCUACCCAGGAUCUCUGUCAGCCCCAUGCCUGCUGGAGAGUGGAGAAAAGACAGAUCUCUGUACCAUAACAGAUCCUUUCUAAAAAUCCCUCUGGCUGCUAGGCCUAGGUUCUCCUCUCUCAGAAGUCUGAGGCUAUACUUGGAGGAGCCACGGAAUGUCAUCGUGCACAAAGGGGCUGAGCCUCUCGGGAUCUCCAUUGUGAGUGGAGAGAAUGGAGGUAUCUUUGUCUCCAAGGUGACAGGGGGUAGCAUCGCACACCAGGCUGGACUAGAGUAUGGAGACCAGCUGCUGGAGUAUAAUGGGAUAAACCUGCGGAAUGCCACCGAGCAGCAGGCACGCCUCAUAAUUGGCCAGCAAUGUGAUACUAUCACCAUCAUGGCCCAGUACAACCCACACAUGUACCAGCUCGGGAACCACUCUCGCUCUAGUUCCCGCUUGGAGCCAGUGAGCACUGAGUCCACUCCCCAGGGCAGUGGAGCUGCAACACCAGAUAACCACUCCACCAUAGACACCCUGAGUGAACAGGACGAAGGCACGCUCACACCAUCCUCCAAACAGACUACACCCACCACAAGCCCCCAAAACUUCAUCAGAAUGUCAUCUGAGAGUUCAAAGAAAGUUCCGGAGCCUCGUUUGGUGACUGUGAGGAAGACUCAGGCGGAUCUGGGUGUUCAGUUGUGUGGAGGAAACCUGCACGGGAUCUUUGUGCAGAGACUUGAAGAGGACAGUCCUGCCAGAGGAGUCGAUGCUCUCAUGCCUGGAGACAAGAUACUAGAGUAUGGCUCAGUUAAUAUGAAGAAUAAGACUGUGGAGGAGGCAUACCUGGAAAUGCUUAAGCCAGUGGAAACAGUCACGUUCAGAGUCCAGCAUCAUCUGGAUGAGUUCAACAUGGUGAAAGACACUCCUGGAGAUGGAUUCUAUAUCAGAGCACUUUAUGACCGAGUGGCUGAGACAGAGCUUGACCUCUCUUUCAAGAAAGAUGACAUCCUGUAUGUGGAUGACACGCUACCAAAUGGCAACUUCGGCACCUGGAUGGCCUGGCAACUAGAUGAAAAUGCACAAAAAAUUCAAAGAGGGCAGAUCCCAAGCAAAUAUAUGAUGGACCAGGAGUUUUACAGCAGACACAGUAUGACUGAACUGAAGGACGAGGCGGGCUCCAGCAAGACCCUCUCUGCAGCCGCACGUAGAUCCUUCUUCCGCAGGAAACAGAAGCACAAACGCAGCAGCUCCAAAGAUGGCAAAGAUGUGGUAGCCUUGGAUGCCAUCAGCACAGACUCUCUUCCAUUCUUAGAUGACUGUGUGAGUCUGGCCUAUCAGAGAGUGCAGAAGGUUGCCUGCACUUUUUCCAGACCGGUGCUGAUAUUGGGCCCACUGGUGGAUCCAGUUAAAGACAUGCUGAUCAAAGAAUCUCCAGAGAAAUUCAACAGAUGUGUGCUUGAGGUUAUGAAGGCUUCUCAGCAGGCCAUAGAGCGUGGAGUGAAAGACUUUCUCUUCAUCGACUAUAAACGGAGGAGUGGCCAUUUUGAUGUGACUACUGUUGCCUCUAUCAAAGAGAUCACAGAAAAGGAUUGUCACUGUUUGCUUGACAUUGCACCUCAUGCUAUCGAACGGCUUCACAGCGUUCACAUUUACCCAAUCGUCAUUUUCAUUCGCUACAAAAAUGCAAAGCAGAUAAAAGAGCAGAAGGAUCCAGUUUAUCUGCGAGAUAAGGUCUCUCAAAAACAUUCCAAGGAACAGUAUGAGAUUGCACAGAAGAUAGAGCAGGAGUAUAGCAGAUUUUUCACAGGUAUUGUUCAAGGAGGCACCUUGCCCUACAUUUGCACUCAGAUUGUGACUAUUGUGGAUCAGGAACAGAGUAAAGUUCUGUGGACUCCGCUGGGCUCUCCGUAGGGGUCUGAGACAGUUACUGUGACAGACAGUACUGCCUCUCAUCUGAGCUUACAAACACUAGACUUUAAACACACCACAUGCAAUGGUACACUAAUGUUACGAGCGUCACAUUAAGAUAGAUAAUAGAUUUGUUUUGUCACAAUUCAGUUUUAUUGUUAUAAAUUGUAACACUCUUAUUUGUAGAUGGGUGCCUGUGUGUGUGAGUGUCAAUAUGUGUGCGUGUGUGUGUGUUUGUGUUUGUACGUGUGCACUCGCUCGCAUGUGUUUAUGUAUACAGAUGUAAGACAAUAGCACUGAAUUAUUUGUUCAUUUUCUUUGGUCUUCCUGACGGACAGAUUAAUGUUUUAGCAAUGCUGCAUUUGAGACACUCGUUUACAGAGCAAUCAGUCAGUGAAUUGUUUAACGUCUGCUUGAACGUGUACUCUCCUUAUGUUUUUGUAAAGAAAUAGUUCACCCAAAAAUGAAAAUCUGUCAUUUUUUACUCACCCUAAUGUCGUUCCAAAAUCAGUAUGAUUUUCUUUCUUCAGUGAAAAGCAAAAGAGCAUAUUUUGCAGAAUGUCUGAGCUACCCUUUUUCAUACAAUGAUAAUGAAUUGGGACCGGGGCUUUCAAAUUAAAAACUGCACCAAAAAAGUUGUCCAUAUGACUGAAGCAUUAUGUAAGUCUUAAGAAGUCAUACGCAGGCCCAUACAGAAAACUCUGCAGACUUGGGACACCCAUCAUUCACACAUCCCAAACCCUUUGCGUGUUUAUUAAAUAUUUUUGCUAGGUUGAUAAGGUUGUCAGCUGCCUUUAUAAGACUGCAGUACUCUCAUCUUAGUUUAAGACAUUUUACCAUGUUUGAAUCAAUUCAGCAGAAUGCUGCAGUUUUUCCAACAAAAUCAGCGCAGAAAAUGGCAAAAAAUAAAAGUCUGCACAUUCUGUCUUUGCCUGGUCACAUGAUAACUUGUGCAGGGAACGGACUGAAAUGUAUAGUUGUGAUAUACCUAGUAAGUCCCCAUUUACUUUCAUUGUAUGGAAAAGAGAAGGUUAGUGGCCGUUGAAUACGUUCUUGCACUAAAAAGCUAGAUGCAGUGCGUCUCGAGAUGCUUUUUAACCUCUUCAACUCUGGAGCAUUUUUGGACUGCCACAAGCAAUUUUUCUCACUCAAAUUUAAAAGCUCACCAUUUACACAUACUGUGGACUAACUGCUGAUCUGAAAUGUAGGUGGCACUAUAAUGCAUUUUAGCCUUUGCAGAUGUGCUCGUUUAUAGACCUUCAGUCUAAUUUUCAGUGCAAGCACCACCCCCAUUUUUCAUCGAAUAUCUCGGCCUCUGAGUGGACUAGAAGCUCAAUCUAGGUGUCAUUAGAAAACUGAGAUCCUCCCCUUUACGAUUAUGUAAAUGUUUAAUUAAUUGUCGAUAUAGGCCUUAUUUUUGUUAUUUUCAGUAACAUAAAUGUUGAAGUGAUGGUGAAUUUGUUUUUUGUUUUUUCAAUUUAUGAAAAAUUCAGAUUCUAAGCUUUCAAAUUAUACCACAGAAGCCUGUUGUAUACGGGGACUUGAUAAUUUUAAGUGUAAACAUUUUUCAUGAUAUAGCACCCCCUUUUGGAUGCACCGGUGGGACCACAGAGGUUUAACCUGACACCAGGUUUAAAAAUCAUGGCACUCCUGCAUGGGAAUCAGAAAAAAACAGCCAGAUGCAGAGCUGUUUAAUGCAUAUUUACAUAGAAAAACAAUUUUCACAGAGCAGAUGGACAAAAAAAAUGUGUUCGGUGUGAACAUACCCUUAGAAAUUAUUUUGUGUUCUACAGAAUAAAGUCAUAUUUGUUUGGAAUGACAUGAGUGUGAGUAAAUGAUGACUGAACUUUCAAUUUUGGAUCAGCUAUUGCUUAAAUGAAGUCCACUCCCCCUGCCUAAAAAAAAAAAAAUCAACUCUGUUCCCGAAAUCAGUUUUUACCUAAACGGUAUGUAUCACCCUCCCACGCUCAAGGAUGAAUACUCGUAUUGUGGUUUCAGAGUAAUUUUGUAGCGAAGUUAUUUGUGUAGAUGUCAGUGAGUGUCGGUUUGAAUCAUAGUGCUUAUCUAUUGGGCUGAGACAGACAGCAGUUAAACGGUUUCUACAGGCCAAAUGGAAGUGCCUUUGGAGAUCUAUUGAGCGUAUGACAAUGGCAUGAGGUGAAAGCCUGGUAUUAACAGUAACAUUUCUCAGAUUGCACUCCAGGGCUAGACAGACCACUGUGUUCUAUGAGAUCUCUUAGCAUUCUCAUAGCAGAGCUUAUAUUUAAAGAGAAUAUCCCAUGUAACACUUGUACUCGUGCAUAUGAAUUGAAGUACACGCAUGUGUAUGUAUGCAAUUUCAUCUAAAUAUAGAGAAAUAUAUUUACUGUAUUUUUACUAGGCCAUAGGCCUAGGGGAGUGUGAUAGAGCUGUCAUGUCAUAGCAAAUAAUAGCAUGUUUGUGUGUGAGAGAGAUUUAAUGUUUAUGUUUGCGUAUGUUUGUCAGUCACUUUUAUAUGUAAUAUCCACUAAAAAAAAACAUCAGAAAAGUUUCAGGGUAAACCUGAAAUGAUUUUCUUACAGUAAAUCUGUUUAAAUGUUAGUGUUUUUUAAAUGAUAUUUAAUUUAUUUUUCUUUUUUUUUUUUCUUUUUUUUUUCAAGUUGUGUGUUCGAUGCAGACCAGUAGCCCCACCAUUAAUGUUGUGCCAAAAACCAGUCGUCAUUUUCUUUCAUUUUCUGUUUUGCAAUUCCUAAACAGAUGACUGUUAGGUUUCCCGUAGCAAAUGAAAAUGGGUACAAUAAUUUUUACAUUUGUGUAUCACUCUUCUUCCAUACAUUUCAUUAUUUGCUUUAUUUUGUUUUGCUUAUUUUUUUAAAAGAAACUACAUAUGUUGUCAUUUAAAAAGGGAUUUCUUUUAUUAUUAUUAUUAUUAUUACCCCCCCGUCAAUAUUUUAACCAUUGGGUUGAAAUUAGCCAUUUUGUUAAAGUGAAUCUAAUGACUAACUAUUUUUCUGAAUAGCAAGUGUACACUUUUAAACAAGAGGGAUUCAAGAGUAUUUAGAAAGAAAGAUUAGAAGAGACAGGUACUGUUAUUAUUUGGAUUUUCUUUUAUUCUAAAUGAAUGUGAUUUGUAUGACGAUGUUCGACAUUAAUGCAACAAUAAAAGUAAUUUUUUGUAUCACA